AUGGCAGCAAAGCUGUGCACCACUACUUUCAAGCUAACGCAUGGUGGCAAGGACAUUCCAGCAGUCGGCAUGGGCUGCUGGCGUGGCAACUUUGGCGAUGGCCUCGACGGAGAGUUCCCGAGGGCACUCAAAUAUUGCAUCGAGAACGGCUAUCGCCACAUUGACACGGCCUCGUUCUACCAAAAUGAAGUGACUAUCGGCCAGGUCCUCAAGACUGUAAAUGUCGACAGGGAGGAUCUCUUUAUCACUACUAAAAUGUGGAACACCCAGCACAAUGACCCCGCGAAAGCCCUCCAAGAAUCGCUCGAGAAUCUCAAGCUCGACUAUGUGGACCUGUACCUCAUGCAUUGGCCCCAAGGCGAAUCGGCCGAUGGUACCAUGUACGGAGAGAAAGGUGGUGCAGGCCCGACCUUCAGCGAGGUUUGGGCCGAGCUCGAGAAGCUGUUGGCUCAAGGAAAGGCAAAGGCAAUUGGGGUGUCCAACUUCAGCAUUGGCAACCUCGAAGAGCUUUUCAAGACGGCCAAGGUAGCUCCAGCAGUCAACCAGGUCGAGACUCACCCAUUCAACCCCGACUUUGAACUUGCUGACUACUGUGCAAGCAAGGGUAUUCACCUGACCGCCUACUCUCCCAUGGGCCAUGGCACCGACAACCCCCUUCGCGAUGAGCCUGUGCUGGUUUCCAUCGCCGAGGAAAUCGGCUCGACGCCUACCCAAGUUGCUCUUGCUUGGAAUGUGGCCCAUGGUAGGAGCAUUGUGCCCCGGAGCAGCAAUCCUUCGAGGAUUGUGGCCAAUAUCACUUUGCCCACACUUCAGCCAAAGCACAUGGCAGCCAUCGAUGGCAUUACCCUCAACGAUCCCAAGAGGCGUACGCGUCUGUGCUGGCCAAUGUGCGACCAAGAAAAGGGCACCGUCUUCGGAUGGAGUCUCGACAAGCUCCUCUGGGACGUUGGUUUCAACACGCUCAAGGAAGAUGUUGUCUCCCUACGCAGGCUUCCGGCUUGA